ACAGGGAAGAGGAGUCACCAAAUAGAAAUUGCAGGCCCUGCACACAGUUUGUGACAGACACACACAUCAUGGAAGUACAAUUUGCUGAAGAACACGAUGAAGCAAAAGCGGAAUAUUUAAGAAGAAAAUGCCAUCAGCCACCCCUUUCAUCAAUGUCUGCAUUUUCUCAUGUACCUGUACAGAAAAGAACUAAACAGCUGAGUUAUUUUUGCCGGCAGAAUGAGGAUGCGCACAUGCCCACAUAUGACACCAUAUUCAAACGGCCACAAGGUUACAAUGAAAAACUUCACCGGGAUGACAGAGAACAUGUAAAGCACAAUGGCUUGGAUAUUCAUGCUGAGGAAAUCUCCAGACCUGUGGCAUUAUUAAGCAGCUCAGAAUAUGGAAGACACUUACAACUCCAUGUAGAUAAAGUGACUAGAGAUCAUGCAAAGGUUGGGUUGGUACGCUUGGAAUUCUACCGCAAGAAUGGAAUUAGCCGAUCUGUAGAAGAAGGUUAUGGAUCUGUUAUACCAUCAUAAAUAUUUGUAGGAUUAUGCUGUAUAUCCUUCUGCAGACAAGCAUUGCCAAGACAAGGAUAAUAGUUAUUAUUCUUGAAGACAGCUGCGCAUUUGGUAUUGUCACAAUAAAGGAUUGAAAUUUAAAAUGUGACAGUUUUAUGUAUCAUAAAAGUGAUCUGAAGUGCCUGUGUCACCUAACAACUAAUA